AAUGAGGGAGCCGUUGACUGAAUAGAUGCUCCCGGCUUCUGGAAGCGGAGCAGAGACACUUGCUGUGGACAGGAGAGCCGGAGAGAGUGGACGCUCCGGACAAACAAAACAGAUCACUUUCUCUCGACCCACAUCAUCGCAACAUGUCUUCAAAGUGCCCCAAGUGCGACAAGACGGUGUAUUUCGCUGAAAAGGUGUCAUCACUGGGGAAGGAUUGGCACAAGUUGUGUCUCAAGUGUGACCGCUGCAACAAGCUCCUGAACGCUGGAGGACAUGCCGAGCACGAUGGACGGCCCUACUGCCACAAACCAUGCUAUGCUGCCCUCUUUGGGCCAAAAGGCGUGAACACUGGUGGUGUUGGCAGCUACAUCUAUGAGAAGGAGCCCAGUGCAGUGACCCAGCCUUGAACCUUUUGUCCCCUCAGCUUCAUCCCGCUUCUCUUCACAACACUGACCAUCAACCACAGUAUUAUUUGUAGCCGUUUUCUCUUCCUGUGCGUUCAUACCUGAGACAACCAGCCUCCUGAUCCUUUUCUCCUUUAAUCUGACCCGCUCCCAGCUGAUUUAGCCGCCACAAGGAAUGAUUUCAAAUUACCUAGACAUUUGCAUUUGCUCCGGGAGAGCCAAGUCCAGCACUCCCACAUGUUAUUGUUAUUAUUACAAAUAAUUUCAACCAUGUUUACGCAUUUCUAAAUGUAUGUGAACACAUUAAAUGUCACCUCAGUAAAAUACGAAGGUCUUAUAUUUUUAUUUUGUACCCUGAAGACAGUGGGAUUGAGGAGGUCUGUUUUGAGAGGAUGCAGGUUUUGAAAAAAGUAAAAAAAAAGUGGUAGAGAGUGAUUUUCAGGUGUGGAAAAAUGCAUUGUGGGUAGAGUUGUAGCGCAUUGACAGCCACAUGAAUUUCACCUUGGAGGCCGCUGCAUGCAAUUGGUGCCUGGAGCACGUUGCCAAUAAAUCUGUAUUUUACAAAUGCCAUAUUUACAUUUUUUUCUGCCUGACAGCAUUCCUU